UUCUAUAGCAGAACACAGCAUGACCCAAGUCCUCCCCACUCCCGGAUCAAUACAAGUUCCGGGAGAGGGCGGUUGCCCUUUGCACAAGAGACUAAAGAUGCCAGCACUAGCUUCAGGAACUUACGUCCUAAGGACGUAGGCCUAGGAGGCUCAUCUUCAUUCCCACCUCCGCCUCACCAGGGCCGCAGCAGCUCCCCCUCCCGACUCCUAUCCCCAGUUCCGACCUUAUUUGCUUCCGCAUCUCCACCCGGCCCUUUAGGCACCAGGGUUACGGGGCGACCCGGACUCCCGGCUACCCACAGGAAGCGGUGACAGCGUGCUCCAUAAGAGGAAGUAAUCAUCUCAUGGUUUGAAUGGUGAAUGAAAUCUUCUGAAAUCUCAGGACAAAACCCUUUUUCUUCAACAUGGAGGACAAGAGACAGCGAGCCCGAGUGCAGGGAGGCUGGGCUACACCUACCAAGAGCCAGUCUGCUGCUCAGCCAGCUACUCCUGCUAGGAGCCGUCUUUCCCAGACAGCGGGGCCAGCCUGGAGAAGCAAGGAACAGCAGCUGUGUGAUCGACAAUUUGUGUUCAAAGAACCUCAGCUGGUUGUACGUGCAGCCCCAGAACCCAGAGUGAUUGACAGGGAGGGUGUGUAUGAAAUCAGCCUGUCACCUACAGGUGUGUCUAGGGUGUGCUUAUAUCCUGGCUUUGUGGACUUGAAGGAAGCUGACUGGAUCUUGGAGCGGCUUUGCCAGGAUGUGCCCUGGAAACAGAGGAUGGGCAUCAGAGAGGAUAUAACUUAUCCGCAACCAAGACUUACAGCAUGGUAUGGAGAGCUUCCUUACACUUACUCAAGAAUCACUAUGGAACCAAAUCCUCACUGGCUUCCUAUGCUGUGGACUCUGAAGAGCCGCAUUGAGGAAAACACCGGCCACACCUUCAACUCCUUGCUGUGUAAUCUUUACCGGGACGAGAAGGACAGUGUGGACUGGCACAGCGAUGAUGAACCCUCCCUGGGGAGUUCCCCUGUCAUUGCUUCACUCAGUUUUGGUGCCACUCGGACUUUUGAGAUGAGGAAGAAACCCCCACCUGAAGAAAAUGGAGACUACACAUAUGUGGAGAGAGUGAAGAUACCAUUGGAUCACGGGACCUUGCUAAUCAUGGAAGGAGCCACACAAGCUGACUGGCAGCACCGAGUGCCCAAGGAAUACCACUCCAGAGAACGGAGAAUAAACUUAACCUUUCGGACAGUUUAUCCAGACCCAAGAGGAGCUCCCCGGUGACACUUCUGCUGAGUUGCCACUGAGGUGUGGGCUGUACACCUAGCAGCCCCUCCCCAGCUCCUGGAAGUACUUCCAGAAGCUGCUCCAUGCACUUCCGUGAUGUGGCUGUUUGGAAAUUGUGGUGUUUGCUUCUCAGGUCUUACUCCUCCAGAAUGAGAGCCACCAGCACUUCAUGUCAGCAUGUCUGCUACAGGAACAGUUACUUUGAGACAAAUCUCUAAAUUAAGGCUUAUCAUUAGGCAAAUUAAAAACUGUCUGGCUGUGCUCACAGAUGAUUUGGUCCAAAACCUUUUUUCCUCCUGCCCUGCCUCCUUUAAUUUGAAGAAAUACAAAUGGCCUUGUGACUCUG